AUGACAAAUACGCAGGCUAGUAUCAUUCAUGAACUAGCUGAUUUGCUUCAUAUAAAUGGUCAUCGCGUAUUGCAAGGGGAGAGUAAAGUGUGUUUUACCAGUGAUUCCUUAACAUUAUUAUCCGCUUAUUUUCAAGUUCUUAAACUAGAUACACCACUUAGUAAUGGAAGAACAGACUUGAUGCCACAUGAAAAUUCAUUAGGAAUACCAACAAAUUGGAGGAUAGACAAUAAAUUAAAAGAAGAUCUUUUAUUCCUAAAUGAUUUUCUAAAAAAAACUAUUGCUGUAAUUCAUAAUUCGACAACAUUACAAGGAAGUAUUCAUUUAUAUCUAUUUCAAAAUGUUGUAUGUUUGGAAUUGAAGAAGAUCCCUUUGCACAUGACAACUGGUCUGUCUCUAUUGCGAAAUCAAUUAGAAACAUUAAUUUGUUCUCAAUCAAUAACAAAAGUAGAAGAAUUAUUAAACGAUUGUGGUGGUGAUCAUGCAUUGAUGAACCCUUGGCCUCGUUUAAAAGGUUUAUUUCUUAGUCACAAUUUUAUUGAACGUUUUGAUCGUUCUUUGACAUCACUCAUUGCACUUGAAGUACUCGAUGUGAGUCAUAAUCGUUUACAUGACUGUUCAACAAUAUUUGACUUUCUUCCAAAACUUCAACAUUUAAAUUUAUCAUGUAAUCUUUUACGCGUUAUUCCUGUUUGGUCAAUGAACAGUACCGAAUGUAAUCUGUUAACAUUGAAAAUGAGACAAAAUCGUAUUGAAAGUGUAACAGGAAUAGAUUUGAUGAGCUCAAUUGAAGAAUUGGACUUGAGUGAAAAUUUUAUAACAACCAUACCACAACAGUUACGUUUAAUGACAAAAUUGAAAAAGGUCAAUUUAGCUGGAAAUCCAAUAUCCUAUCAUAGCAAUUAUCGACAAGAAAUUUUAAUGAAUUUGCCUCUUGAAUGUGCCAAUCCUGAAAGAAUAUUUUAUAUUGACGAUCGACGACUAACAUCGAAAGAUAAAUAUGUAAUUCCACGAAUGCGUCCUGCAGCUAGGACACAGCUGGCACUUUAUUCGUCAGGUAUAUCAUCACAAACUCAAAGUGAAUCUACAACAGAAGCAUCCGAGUCAGUAGUGUCGAAUUCAACUGGAACCAUUGUUUCACGUCGAAAACCUCGUCGAAGAAGGAAAGAUCGUUUUUUGCAUUCAACGGAUAAUGAUGAAACUGUUACUGAGCAAGGUACCUCUAGGUCUGGUUCUGAGACCGAACUUAUUAAACAUCAGUUAGAAAAAUUGAAAGAAUCAAGACAAAAAUUUGGUCAGGAUUGGUUGUUAACACAGACAAAUUUUGAUACAACGAUAAAUGUUGGUAAUGGUUAUAAUGAACAACAACCGAUAACAACGGUAAUUAGUGAUGAACAAGAUUUGGCUGAAAUUGAAACAACUGUAAUUAUUCAAUCUCCAAAGAAAAGGAAGACUCCACGUAUGAAACGAAAUUCUGGAUCACUGAAUCAACUGGUUUUUCAAGUGGUUGACGAUGGGAAUAGUACGGAUCAGCAAUAUCAGACAAUGCUAUCUGAAACAGAAUCACAACGCUCAGAUAGUGUAAAAACCACAUUCAUUGUCAGUGUUCAAUUGACUCCUUCAAUAACAGAUAUGAGUACAAGUCAAGAAUAUUCAGCUAUUGUUGAAAUUAGCGCAUUGCAUCUUAUUGAAAAAGAUGCUGCAGAAGAAUGUUUGGCACAAAUAAAAUAUUCAUCAAUCAAUUUGAAAGAUAAUAGUCAUAGCAGUGAUAAUAAAAUUGUAGAAUUCACAUGGGAACAUCCUACUGGAAAACGCGAUUUAAGGCGAUACGUAUUUGAUACAGUGAACGAUCGUGAUUCUUUUAUUGAUGAAAUUCAGCGCUUUCUUAAACCUGCUGUGACAAGUGUACAAGAAUUAAUACAAUAUGAGUGCGGCAAUACGUUUACAUCAUAUUACAGUGAUCAAACACUAUGUCCUACUUGUUUAAAUUUUCCACUAGGAUCAGCAACUAUGACAUCCAUCGCGAAUGAUGAUGAUAAAAUAACGACGAAUAGUGAAAAUGAUGAUGACGAAGAAGUGGACAACUUUAAUAAAGCUGAUUUGAAUCAUCGAUUGCAUUUACAUUUAGCCGUUGAUCAUUUUCAAGCAGAAAAAGAAGAUAUCAAACUUCAUUUUCAAUGUUCAGUAGUUUAUUCCAAAUUAAGUUUAUGUUUUAUUGCACAAACGAUAUUGACAACACGUGCAAUUUAUAUAUUUCGUCAUGAAAAAUCACAAAUUAAUAGUGAGAAUAUUGAAGAUGAAUAUAUAUUAGUUAGUAAAGAUAAUAUUGAAAAUAUUCUUAUGUUGGAUGUUGGUUAUCGACAACAAAUAUUUACAAUUGAAUUUCAUUCCGGUGCAUUUGCGUUUUUAAUUGGUGAUCCGAAAAAAACACAAGUGUAUGUCAAUGGAAUAUUGGGGAUUCUAUCACCAUUCGUUGAGCGAGGUGAAAGUGCAUUACAACAAAUAAGUCGUAUCAAUUCAGAUAUGUAUAGAAACAAACUAUUUGAUAUCAUUAAGCGAGAAUGCGAUGUUGACGAACCUAGUGAUGAAAUGAUUGAUUUUUAUACGGUUAUGAUACGCUUAGAAGAUGAAAAGCGUUUGCCAAUUGCUUUGCUAUUAUUUAAAAAGUGGAUUUUGAUGAUAGAAGAUGAAUAUCAGAUAAUUAAUUCAAGACAUGUUCGUUUACCAUCACAGUCGUCAUCUACCUACGAAAAAACACAUAAAUUCAAAUGUAAUCUAAUGCAUAUUUUAAAUGUGACUGUUUAUAAACAACGACCUAAUUGUUUUAAAAUUGACUAUGUUGACGAAUCUGAAACACAAAACAAUUCAUGGGAACUAGAAAGUACGACAAUUUCUAGUAAAAAAGAUUUUAUCAAACAACUCUAUUCUGUAUAUGAAAAACUAAUGCAUGUAGUGUUACCAGAAAAAAUUGAGGAUUAA